CUUAAAUUUGAUCAGACACGAGAUGGCAUCGACAGCUGUCAUAAAUGGAAAGAUUAUGGAAAAAACAUCAACAAACAAAAUUAAUACAGGAUCAUAGGAUUAGAGAAUCAUCUCUUCAAACUUUCUUUAAACCAAUUACAAUAGUACUUAGUGAUGCAGGUCUUUAUUCAUACUGUGCCCUCUGUGCAAUAUCUCUCCAUAAUUUAUUUUCGGAUGAAUGGGACAGAACGUUUCGAGAAAGAUGUCUAAGACAACUAAUUCGCCGAUUAAAUUUACCUUCCCAGGUGUGGUCAGGCAUGCACGCAUUCAUGUCAGGUGAAAGUGGUGAUGUUGAUCCUUUAAUACAGGUAUUAAGAGAUGAACUUCAUGGAAAUUGUCUUCAAAUCGUAGAAGAUUCAAUAUUAUUUGCUGUAGAAGAAGGAGAAUAUGAUGCAAGAAUGCGAGUCUUGAUCCAUCACAUGGCUUGGUUGAUGAGAGUGCAGCAGCCAUUAGUUGAAAUUUAUGAAGAAUCUGUUGUUGAAAUGAUAUCUGAUGAUGUUCAAGGACAGACAGAAGAAGAACAUCAUGAAAGUAAAAUACGAAAUAGAAAUAAGAAAAUAAAGCGUUAUUUGAUGAUUGGUGUGGCAACUCUUGGUGGUGGUGCAUUAAUGGGAUUAACUGGUGGUUUAGCUGCUCCCUUUGUAGCAGCUGGAGCUGGAGCAAUUAUUGGUGGUGCUGGUGCAGCAGCAUUAGGAUCUGCUGCUGGAAUUGCUGUCAUAAGUUCUCUUUUUGGUGUUGCUGGUGCUGGUUUAACAGGUUAUAAAAUGAAAAAACGAGUAGGUGGAAUUGAAGAAUUUGCCUUUGAAACAUUGACAGAAGGACAGCAAUUACAUAUCACAUUAGCUGUGUCAGGAUGGCUGUCAGAAGAAGGUCCAGAAGGCUUUCAAGAACCAUGGCAAACACUUAUGCAUUCUAGAGAACAGUAUUGUCUUAGAUACGAAUCAACCUACUUCCUGGAGUUAGGCCGUGCAAUGGAUUAUCUUUUUAGUUUUGCUGUUUCCAUGGCUGCACAAGAAGCUUUAAAGUAUACAAUACUUUCAGGAUUAAUAACUGCAAUUACUUGGCCAAGCACCAUAAUUACAAUUGCUGGUAUCAUUGAUAAUCCUUGGGGAGUCUGCAUCAAUCGAUCUGCAGAAGUAGGAAGACAUCUUGCAGAUGUUCUUUUGGGAAGACAGCAGGGAAAUAGACCUGUAACUCUUAUUGGAUUUAGUCUUGGUGCAAGAGUUAUUUAUUAUUGCUUACAAGAAAUGUCUAAAAGGAAAGGUUGUGAAGGGAUUAUUGAAGAUGCCAUUUUAUUAGGAGCACCAAUAUCUGCUGAUCUAAAUAAAUGGAAGUCUUUAGCAAGAGUUGUGUGUGGGAAAAUUAUCAAUGGAUAUUGUCGUGGAGAUUGGUUGUUAAAAUAUUUAUAUCGUACAUCAUCUGCUACAAUGAAUAUUGCUGGACUACAGCCUAUUAAAUGGAAUAAUAGAAGAAUGUGUAAUGUGGAUCUUAGUGAUAUUGUUUCAGGUCACAUGGAUUAUGCUCGUAAAAUGGAUAUGAUAUUAAAAGCUAUUGGAGUGAGAACAAAGGAUGAAACAGAUUCAAAACUUCGCAAAUCCCAUUCAGAUUCUCCGGUUUCAAGAUCAGAGAUAUUAGCAAGUAAUUUAAAGAACAAGUCAAAGUCUGAACCAAAUUUAAGAAUUCACAAUCCUAUUAUUUUGGAAUCAUCAAGUAGUAGAUUAAGUUCUUCACUUUCAUUGAAUAGUUUAGAAAAUAAUGCCACAUCACCUAUUACUUUAAAGUCACCUGUUACAGUGAAACUUCAACUAUAAGUACAUAAGAGAAAGUUAAAAUGAAAAAUUCAUAACAAGAUUAAAUUACUUAACAUAUACAAUAAUUGAUAUUUCAUAUAAAUAAAACAUAUCUACUGAUAACAUUAUUUUUAGGAUGCAUAUGAACGGAUUCUGAUUAUAAGCAUUAUUCUUAUAUAGAAAAACAUAAUUCUUUGAUACAAAGUUUGAAUAAUAGUGUUUGAUUACAUUGAAAUAAAUAUAUAAAAAAUGAAUUUUACUAAAUUUUGCAAUAUAAGAGAGCGAGUAAUUUCUGAUACCAUUCAAAGUUUCAUCUCCUAAUUGCAAGAAAUACAAUAGACUCCACUUAUCCAAGAUUAGAUUAAUGGAGAUAUUUAAAAGAUUAACUUUUGCAUUCAUAAAUGAGUGCCAAUAUAUUAAGAACAUGAUUCAAGUCAAAAUUACUCAUCAAGUAGUCUGAACUUGAUUCAUGUUUGAGGCUCUUAUUAUUUACAGGGUUUUUCUGUACCCUCUGGAAAAGGUUGAUAUAACAAUCAAAUGAUAAAAAAAAAUGUUAAAAUAUAUUAGUAAAAGGCUCAUAUAUCAUUAGAAAAUGUGCAAGUUCUGUCUGAUAAUACUAAGAGUCUAUUAUUAUUUUCCAAAUUUGCAUUUACAUAUUUUCUGAAUUUUAUGGACAGAAAUUAUCAAUCAUUUGGAAUUAUCUUUGUCCCAUUCUGGAUAAUUGAGAGUCUGUUGUAUACAAUUAUGCAAAGAUAAUUUAUAAUGAAACAUUCAUAUUAAGGGAUCAAAAAUUAAUAUUAUCUAAUAAGAAAUUUCCAAUUGAUAAUCACUGAAUCAAAGAAAGUAAUUUUUAAUCUAAGUCUAUAGAAGCUU